AUGACCAGCGAACAGUCCCUGACUAAGGAACGAAACUGGCAUCGCAACAGCGAGAUUUCUCCCCGGCCAUCAAGCGAGACUCACGGUGACGUGUCAGCGAGACUCGAGGGAGUCAAGAACAACGGCGAUCGCACCAUAUACACUCAAAUGACUGGCAUAAAUGCCAUCAAAAAUAAUCACAGCGUCAACAAUAUUGAAAGUCUCAUAACCGAGGGAGACUUAGUUAAAAAAAGCGAUAACAAGUUGGACAACGUGACAGGUGAAGAGCCGAACUUGAGUUCAGUGAGCGGUGAACUGCUGCCUUGUCCAACUGUGCCUCCAAACCUUGGAGGACCAGUCGCCGUGGACACUUCUUCAGCAGACCUUGCGGAGCUAGAGCGGCGGCACCCCGAGCUGCUGCCUGGGGGCCAAUGGCGGCCGGAGGAGUGCCAGGCACGGCAGAAGGUGGCCAUCAUCAUCCCAUACAGGAUGGAAGAAAAAAGGAAAGGGACUCGGCAAGAAAGUCACAUCGUAGCCACUUCUGCUCUGCACCUGCAGCUGCCUCCUACCAUGACACACAUCGCAGGUGCAGGUAAAAGAGAGUUCAACCGUGCAACACUUAUGAACAUCGGGGCGCUGGAGAGCGUGAAGCUGUACCCCUACGACUGCCUCGUCUUCCACGACAUCGACCUGCUGCCUGAAGACGACCGCAACUUGUACGCCUGUCGUGAGCAACCUCUGCAUCUGAGCGUCGCCGUGGACACCCUGGGCUACACGUUGCCAUACGAAAGUAUCUUCGGGGGCGCAGGCGCAAUCUCAGUGGAACAAUUCCGGCGAGUGAACGGCUUCAGCAACAAGUUCUGGGGCUGGGGCGGGGAAGAUGAUGACAUGGCCAACCGCAUUAAACACCACGGGCUGUCCAUCUCGCGCAACCCCGCCAAUAUCUCACGCUACACCAUGAUCAGGCACUACAAGGAUAAACCCAAUCCUCACAGGUUUGAAAUGCUGCGCUCGGGCAGGAGCCGCUACGCCUCAGAUGGACUCAACUCUUUGAAGUACCGCGUGCUGGACGUACAGCUGCGCAGACUGUACACUUGUAUCUAUGUUGAGAUCCUAAAUACAUAA